AAAGCAUCAUGGCUGCCGCGCCGACCUCCGAAGAAACAACACUACUUUCUUACCUUUCUCACUUCUCGAACGUCCUUGUAAAGGAUGUGAGUCUACAAAAAGGAAAAGGUCUCUUUGCCAAGAAGGAUUUCAGAGAAGGAGAGCUCAUUUUUGAAGAAAAGCCGUUGAUUUGUGGCCAGUUUUUGUGGAAUUCUCUCUACAAGUACACAGCUUGCUCUCAUUGUUUGAGGUCUUUGGAAACAGCUGAGCAGAUGGCGCGUAGGUUAUCGGGAAAUGACAGCUUGGAACUUCCUUAUGCAUCCAAGUGCUGUGAAAUUACGCGUAUGGGACUUAAAAUUAUUAGCUGCCAUAACUGUCAGGUAUUACUCAUUGCGCGCGUAUUGCAUUGUAAACUUACAAAACUUAAGUUUGGUUGAGGUAGACUAAGGAAAGGUAUAAAACCCAAUUUAACUGCAUUUUCAGGCAAAAGGUAAUCGGACACUGGCAGGUUCAAAUCUUGAUUUUAGAUUAAGAGUGUUCAAGAUGCAUUUCGAUUUAUUUAAAUUGAAGCGAGCUGGACAAAAUGGAAGCACUCCUUCAUAUCCCUUAAAUUUUCUUUACAGGUUAAAUAUUGCAGUGAAGAGUGUAGACAGCGUGCAUGGGAUCACUACCACAGGACUCUUUGUUUGGGACAAAAUGAAGGAGAUCCCAGCCAUCCUCUAGAACAGCUACAAGAAUCCUGGAGGUUUUUCAUCAUUUACUUUUUUCAAUUUUUUAUAUCUAUUCCUCACAAAACUUUCAAAUCAAUUUAUCUUUCACUUAAAUUGCAUUCAUUCUAUGAUUUUCAGUUUUAGUAACUGUUUAACUUGAGUGUCAUUUUCCAAUAGAAAAAUGCAUUAUCCCCCAGAAACUGCAAGUGUGAUGCUUAUUGCACAAAUGAUUGCAACAGUAUUGCAAGUAAGUAUCGCUUUGAAAUGAAACAGAUAACUCUAUCACCACAACUUCAUGUUGCAUAAAAUCUUAUAACCCCUAACACCCUAUCAUCAGUUUGUAUUUUUUCAUACUGUUCUUUAUACAUUUCCUAAGGUCUUUCGACCACACUUGGUUAGCUCCCAUUGUAGAGCAUCGCACUGCUGUACAGGAGGUCAAGCCUUCAAGCCCCAAACUGGACCAACACCCAGCCAGUCUUAAAUAAAAAAAAAAAGUGUUCCCUUUGCUAUGACAUCCACAAAUGAAUAGACAUUCUAGUCUUUCUGGAUAAGGAGAAUAAUUACCCUUGACCUUGUCUCCUCCAUCUUCUCUGUUCAGGUGAACCCUUUAACUCCCAAGAUCUGAUGGUUAAUUCUCCUCUCUAACUUGCAUACAAUUCCUCCUAAAUAAGUUAUGAGAAUUUGGUGUUAGAUCAAGAUAACAACUUCCUGAUAAGCUUGAGUAUUCUCAUUACAUGGUGGCUGGAUAAUGUAUGGAUGUUAUAAGGAGAAAUUACAAGUUAAUCACUUCUGGAAGUUAAAGGGUGAAACAAACCCAUGCAUCCAUGCACUUCUCACAAAGAGUGGGGAAGGCAGCUCCUAGUGUUGUGGUCUGGCCUGGUUGUUGUUUAUACAGGCCCCUAUUUAAACCAGCUUCAAGCAGAACCAGGUCAGCCUGUCUAAAUAUGGUAAAUAUAGCAUACAAAGAAUCCCUGCUUUAGAUGGCAAUCAUUUCUUUUAUUUUCAUGACCUUAAUGGUUAAUUAAGGGGCGAUAUUGUAAGGAGACAUUUGAUGCUGGUCACCCCAAGGGUGAAAGGGUUAAACAAAAGCAUGAUAAGGUGUUUUCAAUUUUUCAAUUUAAAUACAUGAAUAUACAGUGCCUCCAGAGCCUCCAAUUCUCAAAAAAAAAUUUUUCUUUUUCUGUUUGUUUUGUCUUGUACUUUCUUUGCUUACUAUUUAUUUUUGCUUCAGGCACCAGAUCCCAAGAAGAUGCAGGAUGUAUUUGAAUCUUUCUGCCACUCUGUGGUGAAUAGAGGGCAACAAAUUGUUCACAAAUUACUAGGAGAUCAGUUUAAGGUUUGUUGACAGCAGUGUCAUUAUUAUGACCCUUUUAACCCCUAAGUGUGAUUAGCACCUAAUUUCUCUUUACAAAAUCAUCCCGAAUCACACAUUUAGGUGACAAGAAUAAAGGAAAUGAUCCCCAACUAAAGAAGCUCUUGAUUAUUGAACAAAUUCUCCUUGUCACCAGUAUAGAGCACAAUAUGGAAAGUCCACAUACUGAUGUUAGGGUGUAAAGGGUUAAUGAAACCAUGUGGCUUUCCAAAAAAAAUGAAUACAUAAAGAAACUUUUGUUUUCUUAUCAGGUACAAAACACAGGCAAUGUCAUAAUUUUACAUCUACGUGUACAUAGAUAAAAUGGAUCAAUGUCAGUAUCUGAGCUACUGCGAACCUACCCCUCCCCCCCCCAACCCAACAUUAACCCUAACUUGUUAUCAGUUGACUGUUGUUGGGUGAAAGGGGGGGUAAGUGUACAGUUGCUCAGUUACUGACUUUGAUCCAAUAAAAUGAUGAUACAGUUUCUGGAGUGUUCUUCACCUUUAAGAAAUUUAAUUCUAUGCGGUAAAGGAGCUCAUUGUUUCCUUGAAGGAGCAGUUAGACAUCCUACGAGUGCAAAUGUCCAAUGCUCUGUAUGAUGAGAAAUUAGAGGAGGUAAGGUGUACAAGGCACUCAAACAUUGUGCAAAAGUAAGUAAGAACAAUCAGAAUUCAGAACUUCAUGUAUAAUCUACAUUGUAACUGCUAGUUUAAAAUUUACUUAAUUUAACGAUAUCAUUUCACACAAACAUACAAACAUUUAAUUUGACACUAUAGGAGUUAACGCUUCAAAGCUUGUGGGCCAUGUAUGCUACUGGAUUAAAACACAUUACUUGAAGUAUAUACAUAUGAAAUACUAAAUACACAGCCACGAACAAAGAAUUAAUCCAGGACGUUAAAAUAUUAAUUUAAAUUUGUUAAAGUGCACAUAAUCACCAUCUCUAUAUCGAGACGUGGAGGCAGUUCAAUUGUUGAAGAGAGAGUUUUAAAAAUACUCCUUGGUAAUAAGUAGUCUGUUGAUUUCCUUAAAAUUUAGAUUAUUUGUUUUAUCAUUACAUUGAAUAAAUUCCAGAGGGCUGACCCACAAAAGGUUAAUAAGCCUCUCAUUAAUCAGCAAUUAUAUCUCGGAAUUGAAGCAUACCAUUGUACAUACCAUGUACCUGACAUCUACGUUUAACAUUAUUAACGCAAUGAUAACAUGGUUCCUAUUUCACUGUUAGUGGUUUAAAAUGGAGGGUUUCCUGUCACUGAUGGCUCUUGUGGGAAUCAACGGGCAAGGAAUUGGAACAAGGCAAGUUAUGAACAGAAUUGUUUUAUUCUGGCAAAUCUGCCUCAUCCCACUCAAAUCUGCCCUAAAUUGUGGAUCCAAGUACUGUAUACACACAAACCAUGAAAACUGAGUCACCACUAUUAACCGUACUAUAACCAUUUUUAUUUCAGCUCCUUGAGUGUUUAUGUUCACAAUCUUGAAAACCUUGGAGAUAUAACUGAAGAUGAACGGCAAGCCCUGGAUAUUUUUAUAGAUCAACUUUAUGAAGAAAUGUAUAAUGGUGAGAACAUUUGACCAGAUUUGUCAUCUUUGUUAUUGCAUUAUUUUGAAAUAUGUACUUUUUGCUUCCAUAUGUCCUUUUGCGCCUCAACAGUUUCUGGGCAGUUUCUCAACUGUGAAGGUUCUGGUUUGUAUGCACUGCAAAGUUCAUGUGAGUACAUUCAUUGUUUUUAGUCAAGAACAAUUCAAACUUUGGUUUUAUUCUAUUUUUUUAGGUCUGAUUUUUAAAACAAAGAACUUCUGAGUGCAUCAGAUUUUUUUCUAUAGCCAUGAAAAAACAUUUAUUUAGUAUCAUCGUUUCGAUGCUCAGAUAAGGCCUUAGGAUGUAUUUUGAAAACUAGAAGUUAAAACACGGAGAAAAUGGAAUAGUAGUGGAAUCUUAUAUUAACUAGUCGAUGGCUUGACACAUGAUACAAGCAGACAUUUGACUCAUUACACUUCUUUUUCCUUACCUCGUAACUUACAAAGUAUCCGCGCGUACUACAUGUACAUGUUAAGCCAUCGACAAAUGUGUAUUUAACGCUCCGUCACCAAAGCGAAUAUGAACAUUAUUUAGCUUCUGCACCGAUGGUAAGCCACACGAAGCUUAAAAAACCUUCCGUGAAUUCCUUUUUUUUUUAUACUUUUUGGCAGGUAAUCCAAGUUGUGAGCCUAACGCUGAAGUCACUUUCCCCCACAAUAACUCAACAUUGGUAUUAAAGGCUCUCCAUGAUAUUAAAGAGGGCGAGGUAUUGCAAAUGUUUGUCUUCUAAAUAGAAUUAGAAAUAUGGUAAGUUUUAAGCUCGGUAAAGAAAUAGAGAAAGAUGUUUUAUCGUCUUGUCACGAGCGAGGGACAUAGAAAAAAAAAAAUCGACAUCGCUGAUCCUAGCGGUUUGCAGGACAGGUGUCAUACAUGAACUUCGUAAAGGGCCUUGCUCACCACAGAGUGUUUGUGGCUUAGUGGUUGAGCAUCGGAGCGCGGAAUCCGAACGUCUGAGGUUCGAUUCCUCAUGGGGACUCAGAAUUUUUUCUUUGUCCCACGCUCGUGACAAGACGAUGAAACAUCUUUCUCUUUUUUUCUUCUUUUUGGUAAAUGCCUGCAUAAUGGUGGACGUUUGCACAUGUACCGUUGAACGCCUGUUUGGAUUGCAAUUUUUAUGUGGAAACGACACGACUCGUUCAAAAAGAUGCAAACUAGGGUAGAGAGACAUUGAUAGGGAAUUCUCCUGCCUCAUUACUUUACACCCUAACUUCAGCAUGCAUAUUCUCCAUACUGUUCUCUAUACAUUCCUAAUGUGCUGACAAGGAGAAUUUGUUUAACAAUCAAGAGUUUCUUUAGUGAGUGAUAAUUUCCCUUAUUCUCAUGACCUUAAUGUGUGAUUCAGGGGCGAUGUUGUCCGGAGAAAUUAGAUGCUAAUCACUCUCAGAGUUAAAAAAAAUAGUGUCUUCUCAACUAAUCGUAUGCGGUUAAAACUGUGUGUUCUUAAUAUAGUAUUUUUAGAAAUUGAUGUUUUGUUCAAGAAUUUAAGUUUACUACAGAGUCAGUUACGACUGAAAGACUUUGAAAUCUUUGUUUGUCGACUGAUUUGAUUUCAGUUUAAUUUUAUGGAUCAUUUCAGGAAAUAGUUAUUUGUUAUCUGAACUGUUGUGAUCGAGAACGAAGCCGACACUCGAGACAGCGUUUACUAAGGUAAUCGUAACGAGAAAUUUGUUACAUUUACGGUAACGUAUAGUGUGAUACGAAAAGGUCGCCAAGGAUGAGGAUCUGAAAUCGCAGAAUGGUCGCCUGAAAUUUUAUUGGCCGAGAAAAAGUAGAGAGAUGAAUAAAUAAAUUAAUUAUGGGGAGAGGCAUUGUGGCCGAGUGGUUAGGGCACUUGACAUGAAAUGUAAUGGUCCUGGGUUCAAGCUCUUUUCCCUGCUACUCACUAAAUUUGUUCUAGGUUACAUCGAGUUCAACUUCUUGGCUGCACUUUGUAUACAGUCAACUGGUCUGCCUUUUGCCACCUAGGAUCUGUGUUUAUUUACAAUGUUUGUUUCCAAUUUGUUUGUACUAGCUCAAAAAAGCCCUCUAUGGGGAGUGGUCAAUUAAUGUUGAUUUUAUCAAUAUUAUAAUAAGUACAAAGAAGAUAAUUUAAAGGGAAAUUUGUGCAACCGCAACCGCAACCGCAACCGCAACCGCAACCGCAACCGCAACCGCUAAUCAGAACACUCGUCUUUAAGACAUGCAAUAGGCUGGUGAUCGUUCUUUGAGGUUCACACGAAUCUCCCUGACGAUCUCCUAUGGCUUGAUACUUGGACAAUCCUUUUGCCGCGUGACUUGCUUCUUGGAACGCGAAGUGUGUUGCAAAUUACAUGUCUUUUGUGUAUUUUUAAGGGAAAAUUACCUGUUCAACUGUACUUGCCCUAAAUGUGAAUCACAAUCAGGUGACCCGGAUGUGACAUCAAGUGAAGACGACGAUGAUUCUAUGGAAGAAGACUCUUGACAUUGACCUUGGCUUUUUCUUUCAUCAUGGGAAACAGAGAGUUUGUCAAGGAUACUGCCAAUGUUGUAUUUCACCUGGAGAUGCCCUAUCUCGAGUAUUACUCUCUGGGUUUAUAUGCAGAAAGUGGAGCUACGCUAUUGGUGGGAAUAUGGUGAUGAAAAAACAAGAAUAAAUAAGUUGAAUGAUAGUUGAACUGUUGGUUAGUGCGCUCACUAAGAGAUGUGAAGGUGAAGUGCAUCUGCAACUGAGUUAUGACCCUUACAGGGUAAAAAACAUUUAGCUCACGUAUCAUUUCUGCGUGUAAACUGCAGAAAGCAUUUCUGGUUGGUCCUUUUCCUAAACUCUAUGCAGCUUAUUCUCUCAUAAUAGGCCAUCACCUCUUGAAUCACUCUCAUUGCUUGUGGUUCUCUCGCUGAAAUUCAAUUGAUUAUCAAGAAUUUUUGAGGGACUAAUCUAC